GUAUGUGAAAUUUGAAGAUGCCGACUGGAAGCUGGAGGGCGCGAACGAACCCGGCCUUUACCCGGUGCUGCCCGACUCGCGCACCUGGAAACUGGACAAGGGGCGAAAGCACGCCAUGCUGAAGGCCGUCAUGCUGGACCUGAACGUGGACUCCAAGAUCCACGCCGCCUACGGAACGGUGGUGGCCAGCCGCGUCCGAGACAGAUCGGACGUGCUGAUCCUGCGGCCCUUCCCGCUCUGGCUCUUCCAGCGCGGCGCCACGGAAGGGCCCUCGCUGCUCCUAAGCAAGCUCCGAGGCGAGCACAUCGACUGGCAGGCCAUGCACGACGCCCGCUGGCCCAAGGCCCGCUGCCAAAGCUGUAAGGAGCUGAAGAGCUGGGACGUCUUCGCCUUCGCGCAGUGGGAGAUGGUCCGAGCCAACCGCGGCGGCCAGUGCCUGGCGUGCCAGCGCGGUUCCAUCGGCAUCAAGGGGCCGCUGAAGCGGAGCAUCAACGCGACGGCAACCCUGGCAAAGAGUGUUGCCUGCAGCCGCUGCCACUUCACCAAGGUCGAAGAAGCUUUCCCACGGGCCCAACUGGCACAGAAGGAUGCCAACACCAAGCGCCAAUGCUGUGCGUGCCGGCUCGGCGCCACCCAGCUGAACUGCGCCGUCUGCGGCAAGCGAAAGCCGGCCAAGGACUUCUCGCCGACCAUGCGAACCAUGGCGGACGACACCCUCGCCUGCAUCGCAUGCCAGCAGCAGCUCUCGGGCAAAGCCAAGCGCCUGCGCACGGGCUGGUUCUUCUGUAGAGGCUGCAACGAAAGCUUCCCCAACAAAGCCGCCGGCAACGACGAAGGGAAGCAUUGCCUGAACUGCUCCAUCCGCGGCACACGGCAAACCGGAUGGCAGACCUGCAGAAACAGAAA